AUUGAUCUUGUUACAUACUAAGCUGAACUUGAACUUGUUAUUGGUCACUUAAUGCUAGUAUGUGGUUGAGUAGAGCUGUAGGUCGAGUUAAAAAUGACCACACUGUCCGAGUUUUGCCAAUUGAAGCAGAGCAAACUAUUUCAUGCUUUUGUCGUAAAGCCAGACGCAAAGAGAAAGAAGGAAAUGAAUCAUCCAGCACUGAAACUAAAUUAUAUCUAGAAGCAGCCGUUCUUGAGCGUAAACUACCUGACAUGGACUUGAGAUUGUUAGUAGAUUUACCUCCGGGAUUAGAUUACAAUGAAUGGCUUGCUUCCCAUACUAUGGCUCUAUUCGAUAAUGUUAAUUUAGUGUAUGGAACUGUUAGUGAAUUUUGUACUCAAUCUGGAUGUCCUGAUAUGACAGGUCCUGGACAAAGAACUUACCUAUGGUUUGAUGAGAAGGGUAAGAAAACUAAAGUUGCAGCUCCUCAGUAUAUUGAUUAUGUGAUGACAUUUAUCCAGAAGACUAUAAGUGAUGAAAGUAUUUUUCCUACAAAAUAUGCGAAUGAAUUUCCCUCAUCAUUUGAGUCAAUAGUAAGAAAGAUAGUACGCUUAUUGUUUCACGUAGUUGCCCAUCUCUAUGCGGUUCACUUCAAAGAAGUUGUAAUGUUAGGAUUGCAUGCCCAUCUCAACCUCACUUUUGCCCAUUUGAUGGCGCUCCAUCACAGAUUUUCUCUUAUCGAGGCAAAAGAGACUGAGGUACUGAAAGAUCUUGAGGUUGCUCUCAAACUUACCGAUGAGCUUAACAUAGAAGCUGCAAAUAACAAUGAGAAGGGAAAUGACAAAGAUGCCCCAGGUGAUAGCAGUAGCACGGACUCCAAAACACAUUCAAAUGAUGAUAAUGUGUGUAAGUUGAUUAGAGGUGUAAAAAAUUGAAUCUUAAGAGGUAGUGACAAUAAAUAGUAACUCUAACAGGAGGACCUUUUGCAAAUGUGAUGGAGAUGGUUCAAUAGAAUGAUUUCUGUGGACCUUUUAGUAGCACAUGUGAUUUUGAAAUAUAGACUUCUAUCUCUUUAUUUAGCGCUACUGUUUUAUUUAUUGUUUUAUUUACAUUUUAAUUUUUAUAUUGCAGAUUUGUUGCUGAGAAACAAUAAAUUCCUGAUGUAUUUGUAAUUAUUUAGCUAGAUUGGCUUAUGCUACAGAUAUGGCAAAUCUUCAAUAUUUCAUGAUGUAUAGCCCACACAAGUGAUUUCAAUUAUUUAAACUAAUCAUAUUCUUAAAAAAAGUGGUAAAUAUUAAUUUGGUUGCAAUUAAGAAGGGGCAGUACUGCAAUUGAUUAGGUUUGUCCUAGCAUUUCAUUGGUGGACAAAAAUUUCAAUUUUCAAGAGGGAAAAAAUGUAAAUGUAUUUCAUGUUUAUUAGGAAUGGUGCUUCUUUGAAAAUGAGUUUAUAUUUUAAUGCAAGAGUGUGAUAUUUCAUAGUUGCACUUCAUUCCUAGUACUCUUAAAAAUUCUUCUUCAGAUUCCUUAAAUAAAGGAGAUGCAGAGCACGCAUUAUUUAGCAUUAAACAAGAAUUAUUCUUGAUACUAUUCAAUUUAAUGUUACUAGGGUGGGCUAAUUUAAUUCAGGUUUUUUUUUAAAUAUGCUGUGAACAAAUAUAAGUAAGGAGUACUUAAAAUAGGAACAGCAGAGUGAUGAAACAUAGUGAAAGAUAUAUGAACCUAAAUUUAAAUGGAGUAUUCAUUAGGUAUUUCGCAUUCUGCGAAACACAAAUGCUAGUUAGCAGCAGGUAGAACUUGCACUUCCAAAAUUUAAUUUGGUCGUUAGAUUAAGUGAAAUGAAAAUUUGUAAUAAUUUGUGAUCUUUUUGUUGUUUAAUGUUUCAAUUAUCACGAAAUUUAAUUUUUUCUGAUUAUAAUAACCGGCAGUUUGGCUUUUAUAAUGCUUCUAUUUCAGAUUUCCAGAGAAUUAGAUGAGCAUAGAGUAAAGAGCUGUGUAGAUUUGUUUAAAAAGUUCAAUUUCUUAUGAAAUGAUGUUAUCGUGAUAAAUGAUUUUUGGUUUUUUCAUUAUUUUAUGCAGAAUAAAUGUUUCAUGUGAAGGUCAAAAAUCUACGUUGUCACUUAUAUAAAUUCAUCAGAAGUGUUCACAUUUUUUUAAUGUUGAUAAGGCUGAGUUUGGUACUGUGGAUUCUACUUUACUAUUUCCAAAUAUUGGAUUGAAAACUAUGUUGUUCGCGCCGAGCAAUUUUUUUUCAUUGUCAGUGCAUAUUCAAAUUUGACAUUUUAUUUUGCUGAAAUUUUAACUCACAAAUUGGUAAAAAAAUUGUUUUCGUAUAUUGUGUAUUGCAAAUUUUGCUUAGGGAAGUUUUGAAAUUGAAAUUUUCGAAAUAUUUUUAUAUGAAUUUGGAAUGAUAAAUAAUCCAUCCUGAAAUCUAUUUUUCAGUUUAUUAUUAAUCCAUAAUUGUACUUGGAAACAAUACCAAUCUGUGGAUUCUUGGAUAUUGUCGAACAAUUCGUCCUUAUUCAAUUAUUUUGUCUUGUCAUUGUAUAUAGAAUAGGAUUAAUGUAACAAUAUAUUUUUGGCACUUUCAAAACAUUUAGGCUCCCUUCAAUUAUUUGAUAGUAAUUCAGGAACACAAAGGCAUCUUGAGUAAAGAAUAAAAUUAUAUAAAUACAUAUUUAAAGAAGUGGUAUUUGGAUAUAUCUUUGUAUGAAAUGUUCUGUGAAUCGUUGCUUCUUUUCUUCAGAAUUGGAACAAUGAAUUUCAUUCUCAUUCCAGCUAGUAAGUUGCCAUAAUAAUUUAACAGAAUUAAUUGAAUGCAAAGGUAUCUUGUAUAGCAUGGUUAUGCUUCUAUAUUAAAUAUAUAUAUCAAGUUUUUUCCAAAUAUGACUCUUGAUAUGCACACCAGUUAUGCAAAAAACACAUUUGUAUGUUGCUUUAUGGAGGAAUAUUAUUUUUGAAGUGAAUGUACAGUGUUAUUGUUCUCACUACUGAUUGUAAAUAUGUAUUUGAAGAAAGAAGUUUUAGUUUGUUAUUUACUGAAUUCUGUAAACGGCUAUUAGAAAAUAGCACUUGUUGAAGAGGAUAAAUAAUCGAUUCUAACGUU